ACGAAUGGAUGGAUGAUGUUCUAAAUUGGAGAGUUAUUGGAUGCUAUGCUAUGACUGAAUUGGGUCACAGUUCUUUUAUACGUGGCUUAGAAACUACUGCAACAUACGAUAGAGUUCAUGAUGAAUUUAUUAUCAACACUCCAACUUUAAUGAGCACAAAAUGGUGGAUAGGAAUGGCGGGCCAGACAGCUACACAUACUGUUGCAAUAUGUCAAACUAUAAUUGAUUCAAAAAGUUACGGCAUUGAUUGGUUUAUAGUCCCGUUGCGAGACCGCAAAACUGGCCAAUUACUUCCUGGAGUUACAGCUGGAGAUAUUGGAGCAAAAUAUGGUCGAAACGGUCUAGACAAUGGAUGGAUACAAUUUUCAAAUGUUCGUAUUCCAAGAAAGAACAUGUUAAUGAAAUGGUCGAAAGUAACCGAAGAUGGAAAAUAUAUACCACCAAAAAAUCCUGCAAUUGCUUAUACGACUUUAAUUGGCGAACGAUUAACAGUUCUAAAAGGCACACAAAAUGCUUUGGGAAGGGCGUUGACUAUUGCUUGUAGAUAUGGUUGUGUUAGACGUCAGGGUGCUGAUAAUAUACAAAUUAUGGAUUAUCAAACUCAUUACGUUAAACUUGUUCCCUGCGUUGCUACCAUUUAUGUUAUUAAUAUUGUGGAUAGAAGUAUCAAAGCUCAUUGGGAAGAAUCAAUAAAACUAAUACAAACAAAUCAAUCUGAAUUUUUAAAAAUUGUUACCGACUUACACGCAAUAUCUUCAGGCCUAAAAGGAACUAUAACAUGGUGGGGUAGUGAAAUGCUUGAAAGAUGUAGAAGAUCUCUAGGCGGUCACGCUUAUUCAUCUUAUAAUGCUAUAGGACCUGCUAUUGGAGAUUGGGGUAGAUACCUGAUGAGUUCAUACAAAGAAAUUAUCCAAGGGAAACAACUUUCUGGAUCUGUUGAAUAUUUUAACAACAUCCAACAAUUUUCAAAAAUUGUUAAGAGCGAUUUACUAAAUGAAAAGCAAUUAUAUGAUCUUAAAUACGAUUUAAAUAUGUAUACUUGGUUAAUUAUACAAAAGUUACAAUGUCUUUUCUCAAUAUUGGAACAAUCUCGGGAGGACUCAUCUGUAACAUGGAACAAUAAUCAAAUCUCUUUAAUACGCCUUUCAGAACUUCAUUCAUUUAGAUAUUGUCUUUCUGAAUAUAUUCAAGGCAUUUCUAAAUGCCAAAAUGCAAUUCCAGAAUUCCAAAAUUUAUGUCCAAUUCUUAUAAAAUUAGGACAAUUAUGGUCAAUUCAUUUAAUAUAUGAGUCAUUAAACGAAUUUUUAGAAGAGGGUUAUUUUGGAAAAGAACAAGCUAUUAUCGUAAGAAAUGCUUAUUUUGGAAUGUGUAAAGAGUUAAGAAAAGAAAUUAUACCUUUGGUCGAUGCAUGGGGAUAUCCAGAUUUUAUUUUGCAAGCACCUUUUGGAAGAUUUGAUGGUGAUGUUUAUAAAG